CAGCGCAUGACCAGACGUGUUUCGUCUGUCGGCCUUCUGUCAUUAUUCAAGACGGUAGAGAUUCAAAGGAAAGCGAAUAUGGUUUUAAGAAAGUUACGGCGAGGACUCUGUGUUUUAGUUCCUAUCUACGUGUGCUUGGUGUUCAUAGGAUUUUUUUCAUUUAUUUGGUCACGCGCGAGAAUUCCCCGUGGGCGAAAAUCGAUUGCCCAUGUCACUGUAUACAAUGAACCAAUUUCUCUCGUUAAUACCUCGUUCAAUUCAUCCAAAAUGUCUGGAGUGUUAAACUUGCAUAUAUGGAAUGAUUUAUGUGGGAAUAGUGUCGAACUUCUUCGUGAGACACCUCUGUUUCCUCGCUAUCCUCACGAACGACUUUACAUAAGGAGUUUCCAAACUGCACGACAUGUGGAUGCUUACGCUCAAAGAAUUUUUGGUUUCAUCGAGCCUAAGGUUUCGGGGUUAUACACUUUUGCAGUUUCUUCCGAUGAUACUUCUGAGCUGUGGCUUAGUUUCAACGAAAAUCCACGCAAUCUUCGCUUGAUAGCGAGUGUUUUUUCUCCCGUAGAAAGCGCAUGGACAGAGGAAAGCAUUUUCUCUAAAUAUGCUACUCAACAGUCUCGAAACAUACGUCUCGAGGCGAAUCGAAGAUAUUACGUGGAAGCAUUGCAUAAACAAGGUUCUGGUAAUGGCAGAAUUCAAGUUAACUGGAGGAAACCUGGGUCCAUAAAACUCGAACCUGUAACGGGAGAAUAUCUGAGCGCGUAUUUUGACGAUAGCAGGCGAAACGGUAGUUUUCGUGACUUUGUCAAAGGCUACGAGGAACUCCAAUGGUUUCCAAGUCAUGUUAAGCAGAGAGUUUUCAAAGGGUUGAAUCUAAAGAGUCAGUUUAAUUACACGUCCCUUCCUUUAAUCAAUCGCAGUGAGGUUAAAGGAGUUUUAAAUCCUUGUUCAUACAAACCGAGCUACAUUAUCGAAAGAAACCUUUCUCGUUACGAAGGUGUUAACUUGGUGCACGAUUCGUUGAUAUUCCCGUUCGACAACACUUAUCUUCAUCAAGCGCGAGUACCGUGGUCAGCGGGAAAUAAAGAAGUUGAUAAUGUAACUGUUAGCAAAAUUGUUGGGAAAUUUAUGAACAGUUUACAUAAGUUUCAUCGGUAGGUGUGAUCAAUAAUGCUUGGUUUAGGAUUUAUUUGCAUUUCGCGCUUCGGUUCCUGUUUCUUUGUUCCCUCCCAAAUAAGGAGCCUCCCUAAGUGGACGGGGAAAACGACUGUUUCUCGAACUUUAAUAGAAAAUUAUUGGAGUUGGAAGAAGAAUUACGGCCAUAUUUACAGAGAGGAAAGUGAACAACGGUUCCUUUCUCGUGUGCCGGAAUGUGUGAGUGAAAGGUCCUUGCAUUUGGCACGUCAUUGUGGCUAAUCAGAUGUAAAUUUCCGUUCGCCUUUGCUGUAGUUUUGACUCUUAAUGUGACUUAUCAUCUAGGGCUAAUUUUUCUAUUCAGCGUUAAAAAAAGAUUGAGUGAAAUUUGUUUUCGGCGUGAAUACUUACACUUUUCAUUUCUCUCUUCGCCUCAUGUAUUAUAGACAAGGACCGCGUGGCUUUGCUUACAACUUGAGAAAUGAUGAAUAAUUAAGCAUUUUGAAAAUAACCGCAAUUUAAAUCUCUAUUUACAGAGCUGGUGAAUUCUUCCACGCCUUUACAAUUGCAAUGGAAAAUGUUAAUUCCAACACUGUAAUCUCAUUUAAUUGUGUAGUUUGAUUGUCUGGGUGCGUGUAGUCCUGAGAAGGACUGUUCAGUAGUGGUGACUGACAACCUGAGCAAACUCUUUUAUUGUCUGAAUAGAUGUAGAAAGAACUGUUCAUUUUUUUGUUUUCUUUGCAUUUACACAAAAGAACAAACAGUAAGUCAUGUCACACAACUUUUGCACCACUGAUCACCAACUCUCAGAUUUCUCAAACUAUGUGACUGAGACAUGGUUGAAUUUUUUUUGACAAGGCCUUCACCAGUCACAGCUUUCCAAGGUGUUCUGUUGUGAAUCAAACCCAACUUCACUUUGCUAGAUCCUUUUUAUUCUUAAGCUGCCUUGCUAAGUCAAUGUUCAAUUUCCUGGACAGGACUGGCACCCAGCUCAGCCUUCCAUAGUGUUCCAUUGUGAAUCAAACCUAACUGACUAGACCUCUGCCUUAAGUUAAUUUUGAGAUAAUCUAAUUCUUUACCUUGUGUGUGGAUGAAAACCCAGUAAUAAGUUCAGUAGUUUGUUUUUUAUCACUGCUAUGGCUGGAACAUAACCUUAAUAAGAUGAACUCCUUAUUGAUUUUGUUCCCUUCUUUCCUGGCAGGAAGUACUAUUUACAAAGAAUCCUGAAUGUUGAACAGAACCCUGACCCUAAGCUGGGAAGUCGUUUCCUCCUUGAGCUUGAGUUGGGUGUUAAUGGAUCAAGUGAAAGCUUCCGUCUCUCUGAAUAUGUGUAUCUUCCUCUAGAGAAAGAGGAGCUUUGUUUCCCUGAAGGUGUAGCGUGGGAUAACAAUGCUACAGUGUACUUUAUUCUGCCUGUUAAAAACCAGGGCGUGUGGGUUCAUCACUUUGCUUCACAACUUGCAGCCAUGUCAAAUCAGAGUGGCGAUUUCAACUUUCACAUUAUUGUUGUGGAUUUUUCAAGUGAUGACGUUGAUCUUGAUGAAGUGUUUAGUGUAUGGCCAUUAAAAAACCGGUAUACCUUGAUCAAGUUGACUGGGCCAUUUCACAAGACAUUAGGGUUACAGAAGGCUGUCAGCGUUGUACCAAAUGAGGAUGAUAUUGUCUUUCUUUUUGAUCUUCAUAUUGAUGUUCCUUUUGGUCUUAUGGAUAGUGUAAGAAAGGUGAGAAAGAGUUAACCUUGAAGAAUCUUAAGGCGCUUUCCUUUAUUUUUGUGACCUUAAAUAUGUAAUUUAGGGGUGUUUUUUUUAGGGAGAAAUUAGAUACUAGUCACUUGUGGCUUUGAUUAAUUUGUUUUCUUAUGCUUUUGUGGGACACUUGGGGAUACUUGACAGCACUACUUUGUAACUUAUGUGUUGGAGACAUAUAGAGAUUAUUUUGUUCAAAGCAUUAUCCCAGAAACAAGAUAGCAGUCACUUGAAGACUCUUUUGCCUUUAAGAAUGGUCACAGUCACUGUCACAAAAUGAGUUGGGACAACUUUGGCUUGGCUAGAAAAAGUAAACAAAAUUGAUGCAGUGUGUCAAAGUGAAUUCUCGUAACAGCUUGUCUCUGUUAAGUAACAACCUAAAUGGCUCCCAUGAUUGACUCUGGAUCUAAAGGUCUGGGUUUGUGUUAAAAUAAAAAUGUUGUACAGGUCUCCACAUUUGAAAUCAUUAGCUAGUGGCUUGAGGCUCAGAAAAGUACUAGGUAGCUUGUGAAACAUCAGUGAAUAGGACAUGUUGAACCAUCAAAUUGUACUGAGAAAUUCUGUGGUGAUUAUUGGUUAAAUCACUCAAAAAUCAUUUGCUUUUAUUUUGCAUAUACAGCACACAAUAUUUGGCAAGGUGGCAUAUGCACCUACUGUGGGCAGACUAGAUUGUGGAGCAUUUCCAAGUGAUCCUUAUGGUUUUUGGCAGGUGAAUGGUUAUGGAAUUUUAAGUGUUUUCAAAAAGGACUGGGACAGAUUUGGAGGUAAGUGCCAUGAGUUUUUACUCUGAAGUCCUUCUGCAUUUUAACUUUAAGUAACUGAGCAAGGACAAUGGAGAAGGACUGAGUAAAGGUUUUAAUAUAUUUUUUACAAACAACUCCUUAAGAAAUGCAUGCAUAAUUCUCUCGGAUGGGAGUUAUGUUUAAGAUCUUGAGAUCAGUGGGCAAAGAUGCAGGGGUAAGAUUUUUCAAGUAGAGGUCACAGAUGAAUUUAUGAGCUUCACAAGAAAUGCAUGCAUAAUUAUCCUGUACAAGAAUUAGGUUUAACCCUUUAACUCAGAAGAUCUUACUGUUAAUUCUCCCCUCUAGCUGCUACACAUUUCCUUGUAAAUCAGCAACAAGAAUUUGGUCUUAGAUCAGGAUAAUGACUUUUACCCGAUAAGUUUGAGUAUUCUCAUUACCUGUUUGCUGGUUAUAUGCAUGGAUAUUUUAGUUUAGGGAGAAGUUUCAUGUUGAUCACUUCUGGGAGUUACAGGGUUAAGAUCUUGAGAUCAGUAGGCAAAGAUACAGGGGUAGGAUUUUUCAAAUAGAGGUCACAGAUGAAUUUCCACAAGCCUUACACACAAGAAAGAGUUAGGUUUUCAGGGGAAGGGGCAAAGGAUGUUUUUUUUUUUUUUAAAUUCCAGAUAUCUUCUGAUGGUCAGCAGUUUGAGUCCAUGAUCUCCUUUGCCCCUCCAAGGGCCGUGAAGAGAUUAACCAGUUACUUCUCCCUAUAAUAUCCUUACAUUAUCCAGCAAAUGUGUAAUAAGAAUACUCAAACUUAUCAGGUAGAAGCUGUUAUCUUGGUCUAAUGUUAAAUUUUCUCAACUAAUUUACAAGGACAUGUAGUAACUAGAAGGGAGAAUUAAAAAUCAGAUUUUGGGAGUUAAAUGGUUAAAUGUGCUUUCUUUUUUCCUAUACAGGUAUGAAUAUUCGAGAUUUUACCACAAAAUGGGGUGGCGAGGAUUGGGAUCUCAUUGACAGAGUACUUUCUGCACAGCUGGAAAUUGAAAGACUAAAACAGCCGGGGUUGUUUCAUUACUAUCACUCUCACAAGGGAAUGUGGAAUACAUAGGUUCUAUACACAACAUAGAAGAUUUUAAAUAAAUUGCAGAUGUAUUUGGGAAAGGUAGUUGCUAGGUAGUUGUCUGAAAAAUGACUUGAAAUGACCUUGAGUGAUUUCUAAAAUGACCUAAAAUGACCUUGAGUGAUUUCCAAAAUGACCUAAAAUGACCUUGAAUGAUUUCCAGAAUGACCUAAAAUGACCUUGAGUUAUUUCCAAAAUGACCUAAAAUAGCUUUAAUUGAUGUCUAAUAUGACCUAAAAUAAGCUGAAAUGACCUGAUAAGACCUUGAGUGAUUUCUAACCCUAACCCUACAAUGACUAAAAUGACAUAAAUUACAUUUAAACUUUACUGGAACAAUUUAAAAUAGCAAUUGCCAGCUAUAUAUAACAGAGCAACAAAACUGAAUGUGUGAGCUGAGUGCUUACCUUCUUGGGUUCAUUGUAAUAGUAUGCCUCUUUAAAUUACUCAGAACAAUCUUAGAUCAUUGGGCUACCACCGGCUAUUAUAAUUGUGGAUCAUUUUAGCUAGACUUAAAUGUCAUUUUUGGUUAUUUUAGACAUCAGUCAAUGUUAUUUUCAUUUCUGGCCAUUCUUAGACAUCAGUCAGAGUUAUUUUAGGCAUUUUUUCUCAUUUUAGGUCAUUGUGCACAUCACUCAAGGUCAAUUUGAGUCAUUUUAGGUCAUUCCUUGUUUUAGUAACUACAAUCUGGGAAACCUAGGCUUGCAGGUUUCUGGAAGGCUAAAAUGGGUGCAUAAAAGGGAUGGUUUUAUCCUACUUAAAUGAGGCUUUUUUGCGAAAUGAUCAAUUUGCAGUAGGGCUUAAAAAAACGUGCUUGUGGAUAAACUUUGCCAUUACCCCAUAAAGUUCAAAUUCUCCAUACUAUCUGCCAUAUCAUUGUAAUGAUGUAAGUUUGGGGAAUUUGUAAUUAGAUCGACUUAAAUAAUCCCUCGGUUGAUGUUUAUCUUUCUUCUUUCUACUUCUCUGCUUGAUGUUGUUUCGACAUUAUGUUGUGUGAAGAAAUUUUGUGUUGGUCACUCAUGAGAGUUAAAGGGAUGACCUUUAUUUUACUGACUUGAAAAUCCAUUGUAUGAUACUGCCGAAUUUUCCCAGAGAAAGAAGAAUUGAAAUUUAUUGAUAUUAUUUAUUCUAUAAUUUAACAAUUGAAGAUUUAAUGAUUUAAUUUAGAAUAUUUUUUAUGUAAAAAGAAAAGCUGUUUUUAUUCAUCAAUAAAGGUUUUUUAUGCAGG